AUGUCUCCUACGACCGUAAAUGAAGUUCUCGCCUUCCAGAACCGCGACCAACCUUCAGUCGGACACAUAAAUUCGCUCCCUGCUGAUGUCCUGCUCGACAUCUUUGAGCAAUAUGUGAGGCCGGGACCGAUAUACCCAGAGGCUGCAUGCUGGAUGGGCGAACCUCCCAGCGCAAGGGCUAUCGAAUACCUCCACGAUCGUGGCAAAAACUCACCCUUCAUCAUCGACCAAGUCUGCCAAACAUGGCGCCAGCUCUGUCGUAGCAACUCGGGUCUCUACAGCGACAUUCACAUCGUCGAUCCCAAGCCGCAGGACGUGGUGAGAGUCAAGACAAUGCUCAAGUUGUCCAAAGACCGGCCUCUACGUGUCUUCUUACAGGACAGACAAUGCACACAUCCGGCGACCCAAGUCAGCGUGACCGCAGGGCAAGGCACUGCUAGAAGGGACCAAUCGGAGCAACGCUCGGACCACCUCGUCUCGUGGAAUCGGAUCCUUCAAUCGGUACUCUCAACGCCCAGAAUCGAAAAGCUAUACCUGACGAUCACCCACGAGGCUUCCUCUCAAUGCUGGAGAAACACGUGGGAAAUGAGAGAAACCAAUUGGGACCAUAUCACCUUCCCACUUCUCACCACUCUGUACGUCAGCAUGGGCUUCAAGCAGAACAUGGCCGAAAACAUUUUCGUCAGAGACCUCGUCUCCCGCACGUGCGCGACGUCACCAAGGCUCACGGACGUGCGCUUCGAUUCCAUAUUUUCCUUGUUUCACCUCACCGGCGGUGACGAGGUUGGACCGAACGAGCUGAGACCCACCGCCAAAAUGAUUCCCUGGCGAAACCUCACUUCCCUCAGCAUGUGCGUUCGAUACUUGGGCAAGGCCUUGACGAUAUUGGGUCAAUGCCCCUUGCUCCAAACCGUCGAACUCUACGGGAUUAGAAACACAAUGUUCCCAGACACUCUGAUAGCAUCCGCCAACGGUGACAUGACCUCUCUCCAGCAGGAACAGAACCUCGUUCGGGAACCCGUAAACCUCCCUUUCCUGUGGAGCCUUUUCCUGUCGAUGGGUGACACAGUCGCGGAUACGUUCGAGCCUCUUCUCUAUCUCAAGGCACCGGCCCUCAAGUGUCUCACCCUUCAGCGCACCGAACAGCGACAGACUGGCGUUAUCCCCUUUGAGAUGCAACGCGACGCGUUGCUGGGUGCCCUAACCGUAUUCACAAACGGAACCCGAGAUGCCGGAUCCAAACCUUUACGAAUAUGCAGCAAUGGUGCGCUGGAGAUGUGGGGUACCAGCAAAUCCUCUCACACCCCAUCUUCCAGGGCAUUCUAUGGCUCAAGGUCGACGAUGUGGUCGGCGAAGAGACCCUGGAAUGGCUAA